AUGCUGAAACACACGCGGGCGAGCCGAUACGCCGGGGCCGACAGGAGCAAUGGCGGCGGUGGCUUCGGCGGAGAGCAGCAACCCCGGUGGCGCCGGCGAUGGCCACGGUUCAAGCCUUCCCGCAAGAUCAUGAACACCGCAACUUUGCGGGAGCUCGGCGAGCUCGCGGCGGCGGAGGUGGCGACGUGGAGCCCUAAGGAGUUGGCGGCGGCAGCACGACGGGCCGUGACGCUGUGGCGUUGCGAGCAGCCGCGGGCCGCCGCUGCCAUUCGCAUUAUGCAGCGACUGCGGCUACUGCCGUCACCAUCAUCGCCACAAGUUCUGUUCCAAUCUCCUCCUGACCGUGGUGGGUCCGAUAGGGGCUCUGAGGACAGGCGUAGCGGUAGCACAGGAGAUGCUUCUGGAAGCGGACGGGAGCUGGAGACGCGCUUACUGGCUGACGCUGGCGGCAAGGGGCGAAAGGAAACAUUCCCGAGGUCCCGUGGGAUCGGUCGUGCAGCCAUACAGUUUCCGGCGGCGCCGCCGAGGAACGUGACGGCUGCUGCGCCUGUGCGGCGGAGGGUGGUGACGGGAGGCACCUACAACUACGCUGUGGUCGUGGAAAAGCCCCUCCGGCCCCACCAGCUCCAGCUCGCUCAGCUGGUGGAGAGGCUGGUCAGGGCAGCUAAUGGCCGUCUGCCAGAGGGUUUCGGAUCCCGGGAGCUGUCCAGCUUCAUCUGGAGCCUCGUGGCGCUGGGAUACUGGCAGCCGCCGCUGGUGCCCCUGGUGUCGGCGUUUGCGGACUACGGAGCUGCGAUCUCAGCCCAACCCCAUCGCCACUGCCAUGCUGCUCCAGUGACGGAGGGAGCCACACGGACUAGGAUGCGCGACCCACGGGUCGCUGCGCGUCUGUGGCUUUCCCACGCACACGUGCGGCUCCGUCUCGUUCAGGUUCUGGCCAAGGCGCGGGCGGCCGCUGCUUCAGGGCAGGACACUGCCGCCAAGCUGUUGGAGCUGGCGCCCGCCACCACGGUCGAUACUGGCUUCACCGACGAGCUCAAGGAGAAGCCCCAGACCCCUAAGGUCCGUGCCCAUAUGCGGGAGAUGAUCAAGAGCCGGAAGUCCAAGACCGUCAAGGUCUAAGUACGCAAAGUAAACGCGUAGCCAUUUGCAAAUGGCGAUAGGUGGUGAGGAAGGUGCUGCGAGGAUCGACCCACCGAGUAGUCGGACACUGGUCACCUCUGGCCGUGUGACGGCACCGGCACUGGCGGAGCGGCACUGGCGUCGAGGGCGCGUUGCCCCCCAUGCAUGAUGUGCUGUGCUAGCUAGCCGUCACCUCCGUCAUUGCCGCGUGUCUUCACUCCCGUGAGCAUCUCUGCCACUUGCUGCUGCAACGGGCUUCGCUUUUCUGUGGGAUGCUUGGGGUUCGAAAUUGUAGGAAGCGUUGUUGAGCAGCCGACGGGCGAGCGUAGUCUUACCUGUUGCCUCUUGCUGCCUCUCCUUCGACCCUGACUGGUUUGGGGACGGCGGAAAGAAGAAGCGGACGGCAAUGACGU